AUGGGUGAAAGCAUCAUUGUUUAUGAGUAUGCGUCUAGAGGAAGUCUUGAUAGGUACUUGCCAGACAAUGGUCUUUCAUGGAUUAAACGACUUGAGAUAUGCAUUGAUAUUGCAAGCGGGUUGGAUGUCCUUCAUGGAGGUGGAGUAACACAAGAGGUGGCGGUGAUACAUAGGGACAUAAAAAGUUCAAACAUUCUACUAGAUGACAAUUGGAAAGCAAAAAUUACUGAUUUUGGGAUGUCCUUUAUAAGUCCAAUGAAUAAGGAUAUGGACUUUGUCAUCGAAAAUAAUACUUAUGGUACACUCGGCUAUUGUGACCCACUGUACCUUGAGAUCGGUUUCUUAACAAAGGAAUCUGAUAUAUACUCAUUUGGUGUGGUUUUAUUCGAGAUCUUGUGUGGGAGAUUGGUGCAUGAAUACAAAAAUGGCGAUCCUGGACAAUCUCUAGCCGAUUUGAUUAGAGUCCACUAUAAAAUGGGAAAGAUGGUGUUUGAAAGCAUAAAGCAACAAAUUGUUCCAAAAUCAUUGUCUACAUUUCAAAUGAUCGCCUAUCAAUGCUUACAUGAUGAAAGAGAACAAUGA